AUGAGUGAGGAAUUCGGAUGCACUAACCCAGGUCUGACCAGUGGCAAUGGCAAUAUUAAUGGCAACCUUAUCCCGGCCAGCGCACUCUCACCACUUCACCGCUGCGGCAUUUUCGAGAACGUACAAACCUUGACAACUGAGCCAUUUCGCGAGUGGGAAGCACAUCUCCGGCGACACAAUACGCUGAUGGCCUUGUCUGGCCCGGGUUUUCGACCCAAUCUGGCAGCAUGGGAGAUAAGAAAACAACGUUGGGGUGGUCCGCACUGGCGGUUCUACGGCAGCGUGAAUAGAUUCGAUUCCUGGCUUCUCUGGUGCAUGCCCGCCGAUGUCAUUAUUGUGUUUCCGCGGCGAUGCCAUCUCGACUUCUUUGCUGCCUUCCUUCCAACAUGCAUCUCCUCGCCACGCCACGCUACGCCGAGCGGUGAGCGCCAUCAUGACGAAGAGAAAACCGAGGCCUUGGGAUGCUGGGCCGUUGGAGCGAAAUGGAGGGAUGCUGUGCUGUGCUGUGCUCCCCCAACUUCCUUCAUGUCUAUCCUAAGCCCUACACUUCUCGCAAUGAGCGUCACUGCUGCUUCAGUAACGCCCGCCGAUGCGGUGCGGCGGACAUCAGCUGCCGUCCUUGCUCCACCUACGCCCCCAGACAGUGGCAGUGAGAAGGCCGAGUCGGAAUCAGAAAGCGUGGACAAUGACUUCCCUUUGCCUCCGACAUCCUCUGAGCCGACGGAAGUUCUUGAACUCGACAAGAAGACACCAGAUGGCUGGUUACCACGAGACCCCAGGCUCAUUCGCUUGACCGGAGUACAUCCUUUUAACGUCGAGGCACCUCUGUCAGACUUGUACAACGAAGGAUUUCUCACCAGUCCCGAGCUAUUCUACGUACGAAACCAUGGCCAUGUUCCUCGAGUCAGAGAUGAGGAUAUACCUGACUGGACAUUCAGCAUAGAGGGCAUGGUUGAGCAUCCAAUCACCCUGACCUUCCGUGAAUUACUAGAGCAAUACGAGCAACAUACAUAUCCAAUCACUUUGGUUUGUGCCGGUAACCGUCGCAAGGAGCAAAAUGUGGUACGCAAAACGAAAGGCUUCUCUUGGGGAGCAGCCGGAGUUUCGACGGCCAUAUUUACUGGCACGCUCAUGUCUGAUGUAAUCAGAAGAGCCAAACCCAAACGUGGAGCGAAGUACGUCUGCAUGGAAGGAGCCGAUAAGCUACCGAACGGCUACUAUGGCACUUCAGUCAAGCUGAACUGGGUCAUGGACGAGAAUCGUGGCAUGAUGCUGGCCCACAAGAUGAACGGCGAGAUGCUACGUCCCGACCAUGGAAAGCCUUUGAGAGCAGUAAUACCUGGCCAGAUCGGUGGUCGCAGCGUCAAAUGGCUCAAAAAGCUCAUCGUCACUGCCGAGCCCAGUGACAACUGGUAUCACAUCUACGACAACAGAGUAUUGCCGACUAUGGUGUCGCCUGAGGAGUCUGCAAACGACCCAAAAUGGUGGAUGGACGAGAGAUACGCCAUCUACGAUUUGAGCACGAACUCGGCCAUAGCUUAUCCUGCACACGAAGAACAAUUAUGUCUCGUGGGUGCACCAAAGAACUACCGAGUCAAAGGCUAUGGUUAUGCAGGUGGAGGAAGAAGAGUCACAAGAGUCGAGAUCUCUCUAGACAAAGCCAAGACAUGGCGCCUUGCCAACAUCGACUACGCAGAAGAUCGAUACAGAGAUGCGCAACCGCAGAACUUGUAUGGCGGGACGCUCGAUUUUGGUUGGCGAGAGAACAGCUUCUGCUGGUGCUUCUGGAACCUUGAUAUCGCUGUGGAAGAGCUCGCCGACGCCAAAGACAUCCUGGUGCGAGCUAUGGACGAGAGUAUGAAUCUACAACCGCGUGAUAUGUACUGGAGCGUCCUUGGAAUGAUGAACAAUCCUUGGUAUAGAUUGACGAUCAGUAAAGAGAAUGACUGCCUUCGCUUCGAGCAUCCGACUCAACCUGCCCUGAUGCCUGGUGGCUGGAUGGAGCGGGUGAAGAAGGCCGGUGGUAACCUGACAAAUGGCUACUGGGGCGAGCAAAUUGGCGGCGAGAGCGCUGCUGAACCAGUCACCCAAGCUGCUGGUGAAGUGACGAUGACGAACGAAAAGAGUGACACGAAAAUCACGAUUGAUGAAUUACGAAAACAUGAUACCGAGCAGUCACCAUGGUUCGUUGUCAAUGGAGAGGUCUACGACGGACUAAAAUUCUUGGAAGGCCAUCCUGGUGGUGCUCAAAGUAUUAUUUCUGCAGCUGGGUUGGAUAGUACGGACGAAUUCAUGGCUAUUCGUAACGAAACAGCAAAAGCAAUGAUGCCAACCUACCACAUCGGCACCCUCGACGAAGAAGGCCGCAAAGCUCUCUCCGGCGAAGACAUCCAACCAGAUGAGGAUACAUCAGCACGGCCACUCUUCCUCGACUCCAGAACCUGGCGCACAGCAAUCCUCCACUCCAAACAAACCAUAUCCCACGACACAAGAAUCUUCAAAUUCAAACUCGACCACGACGAACAAAUCCUCGGUCUCCCCACCGGUCAACAUCUCAUGAUCCGUCUCCGCGACCCGGUAACACGAGAACCCAUAAUCAGAAGCUACACCCCAAUAUCCCCACCCACACAAAAAGGCUACAUGGACGUCCUCAUAAAAAUCUACUUCCCUUCCCCUUCCUCAACCCAUCCCCAAGGCGGAAAAAUGGGCAUGUCCCUAGAAACCCUCCCACUCGGCCAUCCCCUAGCCUUCAAAGGCCCCAUCGGAAAAUUCGAAUACCUCGGAAACGGGCUCUGCAAAAUCAACCAAAAAAUCCAACCAACCCCCAUCAAAACUUUCUACAUGAUCGGCGGAGGCAGUGGGAUCACACCCAUCUACCAAGUCUUACGCGCGGUAAUGCAGAAAAAAGACGAUCCGACGAAAUGCGUCGUUCUGGAUGGGAAUCGAUUUUUCGAAGAUAUUCUGUGUAAAGACGAGCUGGAUGGGUUGGCGGCGGAGAAUUCGGAGCGGUGUCAAGUGCUUUAUACGUUGACAAAGGCGCCGGAGGGAUGGGGUGGGUUGAGAGGAAGGAUUGCUGCGCCUUUGUUGAAGGAAUUUGUUGAUCGGAAGGUUCAUGGGGAGGGAGGAGAAGCGAUGGUGCUGAUUUGUGGACCGGAAGCGUUGGAGAAGAGUUGUCAUCAGGCUCUGGUGGAGAUUGGGUGGAAAGAUGAUGAGCUCUUCGUGGCGUUCUGGUCGUACAUGAAUUAUAUAUGGUCUGCGGGGAGUGCAAGUGCGGCGGAAUGGCGAUGUUGUCUCGCUGGCAGCGCCGUGUCGCUCUUGAUGAUUGAAUGGACACUGAAUCACGAAGCUUGUAUCCACGAGCAUCUCAUGAGCAAAUUCCAAAGAGCCUCUUCGUUCGCCCUGCUUCGCCACAGAUCCAGGUACUGUAUGGGUAUCAUAAAUCAAACGCCUUUUGUGCCUUUUCUCAUGCCAUCGCCCUUUGACCUCGUUGCACACAGCAGCGAACAACAAUCUUAUGCUAUUUCAGCUCAGUCGCCUCCAUUCGCCUCCAUUCGCGCUCAAAUGGAUCCGCACCUACCUUGGCCGCCACAGUUGCUCGAUACACAAAUCCUGGUGCAAAAUCAAAGUCUUUGUAAGCUGCAAAUAAAACUACCAGGCCGAAACGGUCAGGGCCAGAUCUCGCUCGUUCCGUAGGCCGCCGGUCCGAGGUGUAACGUAUCACUCAAUCCGCCCGCGGCUUCUUCGACUCGUGCUCGUCGAAGUUCAGUUCGUCUUCAUCUGCAUGCUCGUCGAAAGAGCGCUUGCCACGAAGGGAGCCAUUGGGUGUUUCGUCCUCGGCCGGAAGGGAAGGCUUCUGGAUGCCAUCGUAGAAGUUGUUGUUCUCCUCAUCUGGUAGUGGCUCGUUCGUUCCUUCAGC